CGUAUUAUUCUAAAAUGAAAACACAGCAUGCUUCAAAAUUUGUGUAAAUGUAAACUUACAACACUUCCCGUUAAAAUUGAGCAUUCGCAAAAUUGCCGUCUGCUCGUGUCAAAAAAGUUAAAAAGACGAAACAUACCAGUGCAGGCCGAAAGCAACGCAAAAUUUAUUCAAUACGACUCUGCUAGAAACCAAUUCAACAAUUUCACACUCUUUCGAGUGUCGAUCUGGACUUUCAGGAUCGAUAUAUUCACCGAGCAAACUUGCAAGGUCAACAGUCAAACUCGCAUCAAAAUGAGUUCGGAAGAAAGCACAGAGCACACCACUGAGCAGACUGCAGUCGAACAGACGGAAGAGCAAGAACAACAGCAAACGGUCAGCGAACUCGAGAAGCAAGAGGAGGCAAAAAUGAAAGCGAAGUAUGGCACAAAUGUUGGUCUCGGUGGUCCCCGUGGACUCGGUGGCCACUCAGCGUUUCUACAGAAGCGUCUUCAAAAGGGACAGAAGUACUUCGAUUCUGGUGAUUAUCAGAUGGCCAAGCAAAAGGGAGGCGGUGUGAAGCAGGUGUUUGCCAAUAAAGUUCCCACCGGAGAAGCUAUCCCAACACCGGAAACUGUGCCAGUACGAAAAACCUCGAUCAUUCAGACCUGCAACAAAUUUCAGACCAGUUAAGUGCGUAUCCUGUGCUCUCCUCCCCGCUCGUUCAUUUGGGAUUUAUUGAUUCCCUUCCCGUUAUCCGUUUCUACGAUGUCGUGUUUGUAAUUAUCUCUUUUAUUCUGCUGUGUGAGUUUCGAUUAAAACAAAAGGUGGAAUUAGUUCAUCUCUCCCCUACGCGUAUCUUGAAGAGUACCCUAAGAUGCCCAGAAAACAUUUGGUCAUGCUUUCACCUAGAUGUUAGUAACUGAUUUUAGGAUUAUUCUUUAGAUUAAAAAUGUUCUAUAUAUAUUUUUUUCGCUAAUUAUAUCGUAUAUUCAUCAUUUAUUGCAUUAUUUCACUGAAUAAAUUUAACUCUGGUAAGAAAAAUGGUUUAGGUACUAUGCUAAAGUGAUUGUACUAUCCUUAAGGUUGAGCUGAAAAUAGUAUACUUUUGAACACGUAAACACACUUUAUUGGAACAAAAUGACUUAUACAACUUGUGAAAGGCGGUCAUUUUAAUGAACGAGGUCGUUACGUAUCGCGAUGUCACCUUCAGGAAAUGAUGCGAUCCGACUUCAGUGAAUCAAAGCUGUUUAAUGUUCUGUAAUGUAUAUGUGAAUAAUUAUAUUUUGGUUUUAGAUGCUAACAAAA